UGGGAAAUGAAUCUGGGCACAUAAACAUAGGGCUUCCAAGUGUUCCAGGUUUUACCAAUACACGAAGAUUCCUCCUGAAAAAAGGGUGAUCUUCUAGCACGGUGGUGGGGUAAAGUGCUGCAAAUAUUGCACCAGGAUGUUUAUUACUCUUCAACAACUUCUGCUGUUUGUGUCCUUCUGGGUUUCAGCUUACAGCAACAUAAUUGUUUUUGGGAAUGUAGGUGAAGAAGUGAUUCUGCCUUGUACCAUUGAAUACAAAGAAGAAUUUUCAUAUAAAUUGCUGUUUGUCAGGUGGAAAACUAAAGAUAUCUUUGUGCAACAUUUUUAUUAUGGCAACUUUCAGGAAAAACACCAGAAUAAAAUAUUUAAGGGAAGAACGCAACUAUUUUUUGAAGAGUUUCCUAAAGGAAAUUUGUCCCUAUUACUAAACGGUACACAGAAAUUUGAUGCUGGAAUAUAUGAAUGCUUUGCAUUUCUCUCAAAAGUUACCUAUACAAAGAAAAUCGAGCUUGUGGUGCGAGAUAAACAAAAUGGAUUUACAAAUGAAAGUUCAAUAGUUCAAGUCUCUUUUGGACUUCUCGCUUUUUGUGUUGUAAUGGGACUUAUUGCAUUUCUAAGGAGGAGGAAGAGAAGCAGAGGCAGAGCUGUUCUGGGAUCCAGGCACCCCAUCUCUGGAAUGACAUCUGAACAAAAUUCACCAGUUACUACACCGGAAAAACUGAAGACAAACUAAAGGACUGAAAAAAAAAAAAGAGAUCUACUUGCAUUAGAAGUAGGUUGGAUUACCCAACUACUAUGUUAUGUAAACUGAAUAUACAAUCAGAGAUCAAUUAUCCAAUCAAAUAUAAAGUUUACAUUAUCAGAAAAAAAAAAGUUUGAACAGAAAAUUAUGCUGCAUCUCUGAACAGUUUACAUUUUUGUACACUGCUCAAAAAAGUAAAGGGAACACUUAAACAACACAACGUAACUCCAAGUCAAUCACACUUCUGUGAAAUCACACUGUCCACUUAGGAAGCAACACUGAUUGACAAUCAAUUUCACAUGCUAUUGUGCAAAUGGAACAGACAACAGGUGGAAAUUAGCAAGACACCCCCAAUAAAAGAGUGGUUUUGCAGGUGGUGACCACAGACCACUUCUCAGUUCCUAUGCUUCCUGGCUGAUGUUUUGGUCGCUUUUGAAUGCUGCUGGUGCUUUCACUCUAGUGGUAGCAUGAGACAGAGUCUACAACCCAUGAGACGGAGUCUACAACAAUCCAGACUCUGGUAGUGCAGCUCAUCCAGGAUGGCACAUCAAUGCGAGCUGUGGCAAGGUUUGCUGUGUCUGUCAGCGUAGUGUCCAGAGCAUGGAGGCGCUAGGAGCCAGGCCUGUACAUCAGGAGAUGUGGAGGAGGCCGUAGGAGGGCAACAACCCAGCAGCAGGACUGCUACCUCCGACUUUGUGCAAGGAGGAGCAGGAGGAGCACUGUCAGAGCCCUGCAAAAUGACCUCCAGCAGUUCACAAAUGUGCAUGUGUCCACUCAAACGGUUAGAAAAAGACUCCAUGAGGGUGGUAUGAUUACCGACGUCCACAUGUGGGGGUUGUGCUUACACCCCAACACCGUGCAGGACAUUUGAAAUUUGCUGGAGAACACCAAGAUUGGCAAAAUCGACACUGGCAUGCUGUGCUCUUCAUAGAUGAAAGCAGGUUCACACUGAGCUCAUGUGACAGACGUGACAGAGUCAGGAGAUGCCGUGGAGAACGUUCUGCUGCCUGCAACAUGCUCCAGCAUGACCGGUUUGGCGGUGGGUCAGUAAUGUGUGUGGGGUGGAAUUUCUUUGGGGGCCGCACAGCCCUCCAUUUGCUUGCCAGACGUAGCCUGACUGCCAUUAGGUACCGAGAUGAGAUCCUCAGACCCUUGUGAGACCAUAUGCUGGUGCGGUUGGCCCUGGGUUCCUCCUAAUGCAAGACAAUGCUAGACCUCAUGUGGCUGGAGUGUGUCAGCAGUUUCUGCAAGAGGAAGGCAUUGAUGCUAUGGACUGGCCCGCCCAUUCCCCAAACUUGAAUUCGAUUGAGCACAUCUGGGACAUCAUGUCAAGCUCCAUCCACCAACGCCACGUUGCGCCACAGACUGUCUAGGAGUUGACGCAUGCUUUAGUCCAGGUCUGGGAGGACAUCCCUCAGGAGACCACCCGCUACCUCAUCAGGAGCAUGCCCAGUCAUUGUAGGGAGGUCAUACGGGCACGUGGAGGCCACACACACUACUGAGCUUCAUUUUGACUUGUUUUAAGGACAUUACAUCAAAGUUGGAUCAGGCUGUAGUGUGGGUUUUCCACUUUGAUUUUGAGUGUGACUCCAUAUCCAGACCUCCAUGGGUUGAUAAAUUUGAUUUUCAAAGAUAAUUUUUGUGUGAUUUUGUUGUCAGCACAUUUAACUAUGUAAAGAGAAAGUAUUUCAUACGAUUAGUUCAUUCAUUCAAAUCUAGGAUGUGGUAAAUUAUACUCUUCUUAUCUUGCUAAUCGUGAAAUGUGUCCAUGUAUAUCCGUUAUCACUCUGCAUUGGCACUUAGCAUGUAGGCUUUGUAGGAUAAUGGGGAAGAUUUAUCAAAUCCUGUCUAGAGGAAAAGUUGCCCAGUUGCCCAUAGCAUCAGCUCGCUUCUUUUAUUUAUAACAAGGCUUUUGAGAAAUGAAAAAAAAAAACAAUCUUUCCUCUGGGCAGGUUUUGAUAAAUCUUCCCCAAUAUUCUUAGAGGCAAUAUUAGUCUUAAAGUGUACCUGUCGUUAACAAAAACUUUUGAUAUAGUGUAGAUAAAACCAUUAUAUGUAUAUUUGUAAUAUACAUUGGUUAGUAAAUGUGAAUAUUUUUGUCCCUACAGAUAUUGGGGGAGAUUUAUCAUAAUCUGUGCAGAGGAAAAGUUGCCCAGUUGCCUAUAGCAACCAAUCAGAUUGCUUCUUUCAUUUUUAAGAAGGCCUUUGCAAAAUGAAAGAAACAAUCUGAUUGGUUGCUAUGGGCAACUAGGCAACUUUUCCUCUGCACAGGUUUUAAUCUCCCCAUUGUUUGUGUGUCUCUAUGAAGAGUCCAAAUACAGGAAGUGUGGGUGGGUAAGCAGGGCUCUGUACACUGAGGAAAAGCAGGGCUCUGUGCAGUGAGGCUCUGUGACACGCUCCUGGCUCACACAGCAGGCUGAUUGACAAGCCUGGUGCCUGCAGAGAGCCCUACUUGUCCUGCCUUCACUUUCUGUACUUCCUGACACCUGCAGGGACUGCCUUUUUUCACACAAAAAUAUGCAACAUGUUUAAUCGAUGUAUAUUACAAAUAUACAUAUUAUAGUAUUAUGUGCAUUUUUAUUAGUAUUAUAUCAAAAGUUUUUGUUAACAACAGGUACACUUUAAAGUGGUUGCCCAGGUUUAAAAAAAAAUGCUUCUUUCUUGCAAAAACAGCACCACUCCUGUCCACAGGUUUUGUCUGGUAUUGCUGCUUAGCUCCAUUGAUGUGAAUGGGUUUGAGCUUCAGUACUAUAUGUAAAUUGUGAUGAGAGUGAUGCUGUUUUUUUGCAAAAAGAAGCAGUGUUUUUCUAAUCCUGGGCACCCCUAACAAUAUGGUUUGUAAGAAGAGGCAUCAGACAGAAUUACUGCACCAGCAAAUGAAACUUUUACAUUUCAUUAUUGUUUCUUGCCCUUCACAAUCUAUAUUGGUUGACCGACAUUUGGACCCUGCUAUGUGCUUGCCAUUGCCUGUAUUUAGGGAUGAGAAAGAAAUUGUCUGUCUACUUAUAUCUUAGGCUGAUACCAGCAUCCAAGCAUGAUAAAGAGGUGAUUGACUUCAGUGGUGAUAGUUAAAGGGGUAUUCCAGGAAAAAACUUUUUUUUGUAUAUCAACUGGCUCCAGAGAGUUAAACAGAUUUGUAAAUUACUUAAAAAAUUAAAAAAUCUUAAUCCUUCCAAUAAUUAUCAGCUGCUGAAGUUGAGUUGUUCUUUUCUGUCUGGCAGAAGUGCUCUCUGCUGACAUCUCUGCUUGCCUCGGGAACUGCACAGAGUAGAAGAGGUUUUCUAUGGGGAUUUGCUUCUACUCUGGACAGUUCCCGAGACAGGUGUCAUCAUAGA